GUAAACAUUGCCGUGCCGGAGCACUACCACAUUGGAGGCAUCGUGACUUUACCACGUGAUAUUAAUACAAAAAAAUGUAAUUUCGGCUUCUGAGUCAAAAAUUACUCAAUUAGUUUAGUUAAGAAUGGAGUCUCCAUUUUCCUAGCAGCUGCUUCACCUCUAAAUCGUCUCCUAUUUCCCCAAAAAUGGGCGAUAGCAACUUGAACCACCGUCAGUGCAAAGAUUCUCCUCACGCAUAUCUGGAGAAUCAGUGGAAACUAGUGCCAUCAUUCCUGAAGGUAAAAGGACUUGUGAAGCAGCACAUUGACUCCUUCAAUUAUUUCAUCAAUGUUGAAAUCAAGAAAAUCGUCAAAUCAAACGAGACUAUUUUGAGUGAUGUCGAUCCUUUGUUUUAUCUCAAGUACAAAGACAUUUAUGUCGGAAAACCAGAGAUCGAGGAAGGCUUUAACAUCAUCCGUUCCACAACACCCCACGAGUGUCGGAUACGAGAUCUCACUUACUCAGCGCCUAUCACUGUUGACAUCGAAUAUACCCGAGGAAACACUAGAAUCUUGCGGAACAAUUUACUAAUUGGAAGAAUGCCAAUAAUGCUGAGAAGUUCAAACUGUGUCCUCACAGGAAAAACCGAAUUCGAACUCUCAAAAAUGAACGAAUGUCCACAUGAUCCUGGCGGUUAUUUUGUCGUUCGUGGAACAGAAAAGGUUAUCUUGAUUCAAGAGCAAAUUACCCAGAAUCGAAUCCUGGUGGAAAAAGAUCGCAAAGGUGGCGUCAUGUGUCAAGUCACAAGUAGCACUCAUGAUAAGAAAUCUCGAACCACAGUCAUCAUGAAAAGAAAUAAAUAUUAUGUCGGUCAUAACGCACUGCAAGAUGAUAUUCCAAUAAUGGUAGUCUUCAAAGCAAUGGGUUUUGAAAGCGACCAGUUGAUUGUCCAAAUGAUAGGAUCCGAACCGCUAAUCAUGUCUCGCCUUCUGCAUUCUUUGGUUGAGUGCGAAGAUGUUUGUACCCAAUUACAAGCUUUAAAUUUUAUCGGGAAGAAAAUGAGACAGAAACGGUUUUUUUCGGCUGGCAGCAAACCGAAGUCCCCAGUUGACGAUGCCCGUGACCUUCUUGCAACCACUGUUCUAGCUCAUGUACCUGUAGAAAAUUUCAACUUCAAAGGAAAAGCAAUGUAUCUAGCUCUGAUGAUUCGGCGCGUUAUUCAAGCCCAAGAUGAUCCGGAAAUGUUGGACGAUCGAGAUUACUACGGAAACAAGAGGCUAGAGUUGGCAGGUUCAUUGCUUGCACUCAUGUUUGAAGAUGCUUUCAAGCGAUUCAAUAGUGAGUUGAAAACAAUUGCUGACAAAAUCAUUCCCAAAAUAAAAGCCGCUCAGUUUGAUGUUGUCAAACACAUGCGUCAAGAUCUGAUUACAAACCAACUUACUCUUGCUAUUUUGACCGGUAACUGGACCAUCAGGAGGUUCAAAAUGGAAAGGCAUGGUGUGACUCAAGUUCUGUCAAGACUGUCAUAUAUAUCAGCUUUGGGAAUGAUGACUCGAGUCAACUCUCAAUUUGAGAAAACUCGAAAAGUGUCUGGACCUAGAUCGCUUCAGCCCUCUCAGUGGGGCAUGCUUUGUCCGUCUGAUACGCCUGAAGGAGAGGCUUGCGGUCUUGUAAAGAACCUUGCUUUGAUGACGCACAUUACAACUGAAUCCGAGGAAGGCCCCCUUGCACAGAUCGCUCACAAUAUAGGGGUAGAAAGUAUCAGUUUGAUAAGUGGGGAUGAAGUUUACAAACCCGGUGUCUUCAUUGUAUUUUUAAAUGGUAACUUAUUAGGAAUAACUGUGAAUCACGAGCGGCUAGUGAAUAUUUUAAGGAUGCUGAGAAGAUGUGGACGUAUAUCUGAAUUUGUUUCCUUGUAUGUGCACCAUAGGCAUCACUGCGUCUAUAUCAGUUGUGAUGGAGGCAGACUUUGCAGACCAUAUAUCAUUGUAGAAGAUGGGAGACCUCUAGUCACUGCGGAACAUCUUAAUGAGCUAGAUCAGGGUAUCAGAAGGUUUCAGGAUUUCCUAAAUGACGGUCUAAUUGAGUUUCUGGAUGUAAAUGAAGAAAACAACAGCAUGAUAGCCCUAGAUGAGAAAAACAUUACAAUAAAUACAACUCACAUGGAAAUAGCUUCUUUUACUUUAUUGGGGGUCUGCGCUGGUCUCAUACCGUUCCCUCAUCACAAUCAGAGUCCCAGAAAUACGUAUCAGUGUGCUAUGGGUAAACAAGCAAUGGGUGCCGUUUCCUACAAUCAGUUGAACCGAAUUGACACGCUUUUGUACAAUCUAGUUUACCCUCAGACACCGAUGGUGAAAACACGGACCAUUGAACUUAUCAACUAUGAUAAAUUGCCUGCUGGUCAAAAUGCAACCGUCGCAGUUAUGAGUUACUCAGGCUAUGACAUUGAAGAUGCCAUCAUCAUGAACAAAGCAUCUUUAGAUCGUGGAUUUGGGCGGUGCUUAGUUUACAGGAAUGCUAAAUGCUCUCUAAAACACUAUCCCAACCAAACUUUCGAUAGAAUAUUAGGACCCCUAAUGGAUGCUGAAACCAAAAAACCUCCGUACAAACAUGAAAUCCUCGAUGGUGAUGGUAUUGCAGCAAUAGGUCAACAGGUCAAAGAACGCCAGAUCUUAGUAAACAAAUCAAUGCCUCUGUUGAAUAUUGCAAGUCCAGGAACACCUCAGGCAACGUUACCUGAAUACAAGGAGGUCCCAGUCUCCUAUCGAACAUCCGCUCCUAGUUAUGUUGAAAAAGUCAUGGUAUCCUCAAAUCAUGAUGAUGCUUUCCUAAUUAAACUUUCACUACGACAAACCAGGAGACCUGAAGUUGGUGAUAAAUUCAGCAGUCGUCAUGGACAGAAGGGUGUUGUAGGUUUAAUAGUUGAACAAGAAGAUAUGCCAUUCAAUGAUCAAGGUAUUUGUCCGGAUAUGAUUAUGAAUCCUCAUGGGUUUCCAUCCAGAAUGACUGUCGGCAAGUUAAUAGAACUUCUAGCUGGGAAAGCUGGUCUCAUGACCGGAACGUAUAAGUACGGCACAGCUUUCGGUGGUGCCAAAGUAGAAGAUAUAUGUGAUGAAUUAAUGGCGAACGGCUUCAACUAUCUUGGAAAAGAUGUUUUCUACUCAGGUAUUACGGGCGAGCCACUCCAAGCAUAUAUUUAUUCAGGACCGAUUUAUUAUCAAAAACUGAAGCACAUGGUGCAGGAUAAAAUGCACGCAAGAUCUCGUGGUCCUCGCGUUGUACUGACAAGACAGCCAACAGAAGGUCGCAGCAAAGAUGGAGGACUACGUCUUGGUGAAAUGGAGAGAGACUGUCUUAUCAGUUAUGGUGCAAGUAUGAUGCUCCUGGAAAGACUGAUGAUUUCUAGUGAUGUCUUUGAUGUGGAUGUAUGCGGAUCUUGUGGCAGAUUGGCCUACUCAGGAUGGUGUCAUGGCUGCCAGAGCAGCGCUUCAGUGUCCCACAUCAAACUUCCCUAUUCCUGCAAACUACUAUUUCAAGAGCUCCAAUCAAUGAACAUCGUGCCAAAACUCACCUUGAAAAACUAUUGUGAUUAAUUAUUUUAAGCUUAGGUAUUUUAAUUGUCUAUUUUUUAUGAUGUUGGCCUUGUUUACCCUCUGGUAGAGUAAAGUGAAUUUUUUUGUUAA